AUGGCGGAAGCUUCGGGUGUCGAGCUGACCUUCCAGCGUGCCUCAGUCCACCUGGUGCACGACGUGAAGCGCCUCGAGGAUGGCGAAGAUCUGAACGAUGCCUUGCUCGACUUCUUUGUGAAGCUUGGCCAGGCAUUGAUCCCCAACGGCAAGCAGGAGACAGGCUUCAACGAAGGCCUCUCUUCCGUGGCCUAUUUGGGUUCCUACUUCUACGGGAUGCUGCAGAAGGGCCAUGCCUCAGACGGCCGUGCAGGCCACAGCAACGUGGCCAAUUGGGCCAAGCGCCGUCUCGGCAAGGGUGGCCUUUUUGCGGACCAGGUGGGGGCGUUUGCCGUUCCCGUCAAUGAGCUCCUCCGAGAUUACAUGGGCCGGCAGCAGGAGAAGCACUGGUGGCUUGCAGUGCUGGUGAAUCCACGGGGAGGCUGCCCAAACCAGGGCCCCGUCCAGGAGGGUGUGAGCGUUGCUUGCCUUGACUCCUUCGCACGCACAGGCAUGCGGUACAAACCUCCCAGGCGUGCUUUGAAAGAUGGUACGAUUGAGGCCUACUCUGUAGAGAUCAGCAGCUUCUCGCGAUCGGGAUUCGUGGCGCUCGUGGGAUUUCGGGCACAGGGCGAUGGUUCUUUGGGGCCGCUGGUGGACCCGCGGCUGUCCAGGCUGCAGUUUGGGCACCGGAUCAUCAAGGACCCUGAGCUGGACCUCAAGGUCCGGAACUAUGGCGACUUCGGAGUCCCAGGCGUCCUUGAGGGCACGCUCGAAUUUGCAUUUGACUCUUCGACAAGGAUUUGCGGAGAUUAUAUGCUGCACUAUGGCGGUGUCGCAGAGUACAAGCCAGCGCUGAAGCUGGAGCUUCGCAGAGAGCCCAAUCAGUCGCAGCAGCAGGUUUCCCGGCUGCUCGCUGGCUACUGCGGCAAGGAGUGGGAAACGGCCAGUCCAGAUGCUCCUUACAAGGAUAGCUUGAUUGCUGGCUCGCUCCAGCUGCCCGACACACCACAGCAGGAGAGUGCGCACGACUGCGGAUUCUUCAUUUUGGAGCAGGUUUUGCGACUCUUGCAGCUGACCCCUACAGCUCUGCGGUCUCUGGCGCAGAAGUCCACUGAGGAUGUGGCUGGGCUGCCUUGGCCGGCCCAGCGUGAGGUCGUAAAGCGGAAGAAGAAACUCCGCGAAGUCACGGCAGACCUCUUUGUGGCAGCGCGCCGCCAGGGCACCGGCGAUGUGGAGGCCCUGCUGAAGCAGGACGAGGUGCUGCGAAAGAAGCUCUUGCUUGCAAUGUGGGAAGGUCCGUACUUUGCCCGUGCGGUGGCCAAUCUCAUAGGCAUGGACCCGGGACCUCUACCGGAGAUUCCGAGUCUGCCCAAAGAAGAAGAAGCCAAAAAGCACGAAGCAGAGGAGGAGUCUGGCUCCGACGAGACAAGCGAGAGGAGCAGCAGCAGCCGUGCCAGGAGCAGCAGCUCUCGAAGCUCGUCAAGUGCCAGCCGGAAGCGGAAGCAAGAGAAGCAUGCGAGCCGGAGCCGCAGCAGGAAGCGCGCGCGGCGGGAACGGAAGGAGACACGGGCCGAGCGGCCGUCUCGGCCGCCUCCACCACCGAGCUUCACCAAGGAAGAUCUUCAAGGCUAUCCCUCCAAGACCCUUCGCAACCUCUGCGUGCAGUACAAGGUCCUUCCUCCAGGCAUGGUGGAGCGCACGGACCUCCUCAAGGCUCUUGAGCGCCUGGCCAUCGUCAAAAAUGCCAUCCCAGCUGGUACAGCCGCGGCUGCACGAGCGGUGGGAGAGCGCCUUUCGAACGGGAGACCCGACCUUCCCAGCUUUACCACCGACGAGCUGGACACCAUGCCCAUCAGCAAGCUGAAGAUGUUCUGUAUACAGUUUGGUCGACUGCCCUCAGGGUCCUUGGAGAAGUCAGACUUGAAAAAGGCUUUAGCUCCCUUGGCAAAGCCCUCCUCCAAGCCGGCAUUCACUGGAAAUGGGACCACGAGCAAUGCGAGCCACUCCCAUGUGAGUCACCAUCACAAGAAGAGGGCUUUGCCAAGCUUCAGUGUCGCAGAGCUGGACAGCAUGCCUAUCAGUCGGUUGAAGAGCUAUUGCAUCCAGUAUGGCAAGAUGCCUCACGGACCUGUGGAGCGCACAGACCUCGUAGCCCUUCUCCGGCCCUUCGCAGUGGGCACAGCGAGCGCGAGCGCUGUUGGGAGCGCUUUUGGGAGUGGAGGCGUCGCCGCUCCUUUGGGCCCAGCUUGCGUGAACGCGAGCCCAGCUUCCAAGCCGGUGGAGGCCCAAGACAGCUUCGUCCUCGAGGACCUGAAGACGAUGAGCAUGAAGAUGCUGAAGACGUUCUGUCUUAAGCACAAAGUCAUGCCCCAUGGGCACACGGACAAGCAAGUGUUCGUGAGCGAGCUGCCGCUUCAGGCGAAGCAGCUUCACCUUGCCAGCGAUUGCUCCGAGGCAGAGCUGCCGCAGCUCCGGGAGCAGACAUUUACAACAUUUACAAAAAAUUGUCUGGCCAUGCAAUUUGCCUGGUUUGCACCACGUGCUGGGGACAUUACCAGAAACAGUGCCAGAACCUCGGAGGUAGCUGAGCCUCUUGCGGAGGAAGGCAAGUCACCGCUACCAAGCACAGUGGUGCCGGAGGAAAAGACACCAGGUGCCCUGCGACUUGCAGCCAUGCCGAGUGAGAAUGGCCGUGGGCAUGUGGAGCCUGCGCUGGCUCAUGGAGCAGGUCGUUCCAGAGGUUUCAUGCAGAACAUUGACACUGAGAACCUGAACCCCAGCUUGGGUUUCGGAGCUUCGCGACUGGGUCAAGCCACUCGAAGAGGGAAACCAGCGGCCACGAGCACCACAGGACUGGCAGCUCGUUCACAGAGGCUAGCAUCUGCAGGACCCGGUCGGCCAUUGGCGAGCCUGUCGGAUAUCACGAACUUGCAAGACGCGCGCGAUGCACGCUUGAAGAAAGCAGCACGGCCCCGUGAGCCCAGCGCCCUACCACAGCUCGGCAGCGCUCCGCUCGCUCCGCUUGGAGCUUCUCUUGGACUCGGCGCUCCCGGCGCUCCCCUCUGUGCUCCGGCUCCGCCGUGGCCGCACACAGCCAUUGUGCCGCACACCGCGGUCACCACGGUCACCACAGAGCAGUCGCCAGUGGCAAUGGAGGUGACCAGUCCAGGAGCUGUUGCGCAGGCGCAUCAACGGUCACAAUCUGCCGCAGAGUACGUACCUCAAAUUAUGGAACGCCUUUUCGAGGAGGAAACUACGUUCCUGCCUCGACCUUGCUACAUGGAGUCCCAGCAGGAUAUCAAUGGAAAGAUGCGAGCCAUUCUUGUUGACUGGUUGGUGGAGGUUCACAUGAAAUAUCGGCUUCGUCCAGAGACGCUGUUCCUCGCGGUGAAUCUCAUCGAUCGCCACAUGAGUGCUCUGCCAGUGCUCAGGAGGCGGCUGCAGCUGGUGGGUGUGGCGGGCAUGUUCGUGGCUGCUAAGUUCGAAGAGAUCGACCCACCCCGUGCAACGGACUUCGUAUACAUCACAGACAACACCUAUAGCAAGGAAGAGCUGCUGCAGAUGGAAUGCACAAUGCUGUCGGCCUUGGACUUCCGAGUGGUGGUGCCAACGCCUGCCCACUUCUUUAGCCAGUUUGUGAAGGCCAACAACUGUGACAAUGCUCGGCAUACUGAAACAAUCAAGUACAUCCUUGAGCUCGCAUUGAUUGACUUGAGGAUGAUCCGCUACACGCCCUCGCACUUACUGGCAGCUGCGGUGCUGCUGAGCAACGAUCUCUUCAGCAGAGCUGUGCUGUGGCCAGAUGUCAUGGUGCAGACAUCGCGACACACUGAGGACGAGCUGCGAGGCUGCGUAGAGGAGUUGCGUUUGCUGUUGCGAGCAGCCCCAGCAGGCUCGCUGCAGGCCGUCAGGAAGAAGUACAUGCUGCAGCAAUAUCACCGCGUGGCCAGCACUGCAGUGUUGGCAGGUGCUUGA